GAAUACGCGGAAUAGAACUGUGAUGGUAUGUAAAAGCAAAAGAAUCUGUCAAAGUAUGUUGUCAUAUAUGUCAAUAUUAUAUUAUUCACGAUCAAGUUUAGUUUCUUAGGAAUAUAAUAAAAGGCUAAUGAGUACACGCGGAGCAUGUAAAAUGAAAGGAACAUUAAAAAAUAAUAAUUAUAGUUAUUGAAUAAACAAAUAAUAAUCAGGAAUUAAAUCGUGUUACUGAAUUGUGCAUUGCUGUAUAUUACAUCUAUUGUUAUCAAUUUAUAUAAUAUUACUAUUUUAUUCAAAUACAUAGAAAUGAUUAAUCGAAGGCGCACAAAUAAUUUCACUUAUGUUAGCUCAUGUGUGAAAUAUAUGAUAUUUACGCUCAACUUUGUAUUCUGGUUAUUUGGAGGAUUAUUAAUUGGAGUGGGUCUGUAUGCAUUUGUUGAUAAAUGGCAAGCAACUGGUUCGGUAAGAGUGGAAAAUGUAUAUGAUGUCAUUUUGAAUAUCUCCCUUGUAAUGGUAAUAGCUGGAGGAGUGGUAUUCGUUGUAAGUUUCGCUGGAUGCGUUGGUGCACUUCGUGAAAAUACCUGCCUACUUAAAUUUUAUUCAUUGUGCCUGUUGGUUUUCUUCCUCCUGGAAAUGGGUGUUGCAAUAGUUGGUUUUGUAUUUCCUCAUACGUUACAAUCAUUAUUAGAAGAAUCAUUUACAGAAAAAAUUAUUCAAACCUAUAGAGAAGAUCCAGAUUUGCAGAAUUUUAUUGAUUUUGGACAACAAGAAUUUAAAUGCUGUGGUUUAAGUCAAGCUGGAUAUAUGGAUUGGGGCAAAAAUGAAUAUUUUAAUUGUUCUAGUCCUAGUGUCGAACAUUGUGGUGUACCAUUUUCUUGCUGUAUAAAUGCUACAGACAUAAGUAGUGGACUCGUUAAUAUAAUGUGCGGAUACAAAGACAAAGUUUUAACUCUUCCGGUAUCAGAAGCAAGUAAAAAAGUAUGGACCAGUGGUUGCAUCGAAAUAGUUCGUAAUUGGGCAGAACGCAAUUUAUAUACGAUAGCAGGCAUCGCUCUGGGUAUAGCACUUAGCCAGUUAUUUGUUAUUUAUCUAGCCAAGACGUUAGAAGGUCAAAUUGAGUUACAAAGAUCUGGUUGGCAUUCCUGAGCUUGACUUCAGGCCACCUACCGCUAUUUUAUUAAUUUCCCAGCAAGGAAACGGGUGGCCAGCGGCUAUACAAAAGGCCAGAACGCUAAAGGAAA